GUUAGACCGUCAGAUCCUUUUAUAAAGUUAGACCGUCAGAUCCAUUAAAAAAGUUAGACCAUCAGAUCCAUUUAUAAAGUUAGACCGUCAGAUCCUUUUAUAAAGUUAGACCGUCAGAUCCUUUUAUAAAGUGCAAAUCGGCAAACGGGCAAUUUGCCGAUUUACCGAAUUUGUCGACAAAUCAAUUUGCUAGAAAUGUUGAAGACUUUAUCUAAAAGAUAAACUUUUUUUUUGAACAAUCUUGUACUGGCUUGAAAAUUUUUGAGAAAUUUUUUAAUGUAGUAUAUAAUUUUAAAAUACAAUAUUUUGCAGCUAUUUUAAAUUUGUUAGUUAAAAAAGCAUUUUUUCUCUUUCAAACAUUGUUGAUACCAACUUUUGUUGAAAAACCUUCAGGCAUUCUUCAAUAUUUCCCUAUUUCUGUUCCUUCUUUUCUUUUGUAGUCAUUUUGAAUACUUUAUUAUUCAUCAACAGCCAAAUUUCUAUUUUAUGCCUGCAUUUCCUAAGAUCUGACCUGAAAAUGUUUUAUCAACAAGUUACAGUCAUUUUAAUUCUGAUAAAUUCAGUUUUACCUUUUUCAACUGAUCCUCACGGUAUUAAUAAGGUCUUCUUUUAUCUCGAAAAGCAUCCAGAACUUGCUACAAGUUUAUUGAUCAGAGAAAAACAACACAUCACUGGCGGUGUAAACUGUCUUCAAUUCGACUAUGUCUACUUUGAGUGGGUGAACGAAAAAGUCAAAAGUCCAUUUCCGAAGUUAACAGACAAAAAAGAAUAUUGCACUAUUGUCAAGUGUGACAAUGUUUUUGGGCCAGCAGACAUUGUAAAUUGCUCAAUUUUUGAUGGUUAAGACAUUCUUGAUAACAAAUCUCAUUUGGAAUUUGAAUGAAGAUUUCAGCAUUU